AAAACGGUCUUCGGUUCGACUCGGGACGGUUCAUGCGAGAACGAAACAUUACGUGAAUUCAGUGAAAGUUUGAAACGGGCAUUUAUGAAAUUGUUUAAUUAACUUUUAAACUAUUGUAGACAUUGUAAAUUCAUGUUUUAGUGUUAUUUGUGUACUUUGGUGAUUGUUUAUAAUUUUUUAUGUGCAUAUGGACUAAAGAAAAUAUUUGGGGCCCAAGUUGUCGAAAUACAUGGCAUUCAAAUCUAAAGGGCAACGCGGCCGGCACAGAUGAAGCUUGACAAUGAUGAGGUGGUGCUGCGUCGUGGUCAUGAUGUGCACGAUCAGCACUGGAGUCCUGUCUCCGGCGCCCAUGCAUGCCGAGGUCAAGGAAACAUACGAUCGCGCCUACUGGUAUGCACAGGCCCAAGAAACCCUCCAGAAACGACUACAGUAUGCCACCGAAAAGAAUCCUGUUGCUAAGAACAUAAUUUUGGUGGUCGGCGACGGCAUGAGUCUUACCACUGCGACAGCGGCUAGAAUACUCAGGGGUCAAAGGAGAGGACAAUCGGGCGAGGACACUGACUUGGUUUGGGACACAUUCCCGGCAGUCGCACUAGCAAAGACGUACAACGUUGAUGCUCAAACUGGGGAGUCGUCAGCUUGCGCGACGGCUCUGCUGUGCGGGGUGAAGGCGCGGUACGAGACCCUGGGCCUGGACGCUGGAGGCCGCUUCAACAGCUGCUCCUCAUCUGUCAACUCCAAGGUCUCCUCGCUCAUCGACUGGGCACACGAUGCAGGAAAAUCAAGCGGUAUUGUGACCACAGCUAGGAUAACCCACGCGACUCCCGCUGCGUUAUACGCCCAUGCUCCUUCAAGAUACUGGGAAGAUGACAGUCGAGUUCCGCCCACUGUGCGAAAAGAUUGCAAAGACAUCGCCAUGCAACUAGUCGAAAACGAGCCUGGAAGAAGCAUAAACGUAAUAAUGGGCGGUGGGAGACGACAUUUUCUACCAAAUGUGACGCCGGAUCCGGAACAUCCGAAUAGAGAAGGAAGAAGGCUGGACGGGAGGAAUUUAGCAGAAGAUUGGGCGAGAGAGAAGAAGAGGCGACGAUUGCGAGCCCAAUAUAUCCAUACGAGGGAGCAGCUAGCGAAAAUAGAUCCGAGAGCAGUAGAUUAUGUAUUAGGUUUGUUUGAGUAUUCGCACAUGGAGUUCAACGCUGAGCGUGGUGCUUCCUUGGAUGCUGAAGACGGGUCCACCAGUGGGGCUGUGAAGGCGGAUGACCCUUCCCUAGCAGACAUGACCAGGGUUGCGCUGUCCAUAUUGACCAAGAACGACAAGGGAUUUUUUCUACUACUUGAAGGUGGGCGGAUAGAUCACGCCCAUCAUUACAACAAUCCUUAUCGGGCGCUCGACGAGACUUUGGAGUUGGAAACGGCUCUACUGGCGGCGCUAGAGCGGGUCAACCCGGCCGAGACAUUAAUCGUCGUCACGGCGGACCACGGACACGUUAUGACCUUCGGGGGCCAGGCCACGCCCAGAGGUCACCCGAUAUUAGGUUCGGACACGGUCCCAUCGGAUAUCGACGGGUUGAGGUACACCACGUUGCUUUAUGGCACUGGGCCAGGGUACUCUGAGCCGCGGUCGGUGCCUCUCAACACUUCAGCGAGCCCAGUGGAUGCCGUCCACUCAGCCGCCGUGCCGAGACAGUGGGCGACUCACGGGGGUGAAGACGUGCCUGUUUAUGCUCUAGGACCAAUGGCGACUAUACUGUUCGCGGGCGUCGUGGAACAGAGCUACAUCCCUCACGCGAUCGCGUACUCAGCUUGCUUGGCGCAUCAGGCGCGGCGCUGCUACGAGACUCCAUUCAAUUUCACUCCGCCACAGGUGAAACUUCCGAGCUGCGUUCCACCUGAAGUAAGCAGCGUCUCAGCCUCCGAUGAAAAUCCAAGAAAUGACGUCACGAACGGGCGACGAGUGAUUGUCGCUUCGAGCGUCAUGUCCGACGAGAGACUUCCCCGAUCGGGUGCCCUUAAGUUUGAACCGUUUCUUACACUAUUGUUUUCUACUUUGAUUAUUAUAAAUGUACGGCACGUAAGCCACCUUCGAUAAAAUCGUUUGAUGCUAAAAAUCAUCGUAAGAAUUUUGUACAGGGAGUAUUUGUAGGUAAUUCGGCACUAAAAUGUAAAUAAAGUAUUUGAUGGAGUGUAAA